AAUAGUCCGUCUCCCUUUGUCUUGUUGCCAGUUCAUCUUGUUCAAGUAUGUCUUGUCUUGUCAACGUCCAGCCAGGUUUUUCAUGUUAUCAGGUUUGAUUUAAGUUUUAUGUUAGAUUACUUGAUCCUCCAAGUGAGCACUUUUCUUUAUUUGUACUUUGAGCCUCGUUGUGAGUGAAUAAUUGUUUGAUUAUAUUUUGAUUAUAUUUUCUCCAAGUAAAGACUUUUGUUAUACCUGCUACUGCCUGUGAGUCGUGCAUUUGAGUCCACCAGUUUUGUGUCAAAGUCAUUACAGCCAGCUUUAGUAAGCAGCUACUUUUAAAUGUAUUUUAUAAACAACAUACGAUGAAAGUAUCCAACAAUAUAUUUGAUUAAAAUGUCUCCCACAGCCAAAAGCUGUAACAAAUGCUGCUUGUGUGAUAAAACAUCAAGAAUAUUCCAAUAAUAUUAUAAAGGCCUCUAUAAAAAUAAAACUGUCUGAUAGGAAUAAUUCUGCUUCACAAGUAGUUUGCUCAUACUUAAAGUACUUAAGUUAAUUAUUGACAACAUUUUGCUGUACUUAACUAAAGUAACAUCUUGAAUGGGUGACUAAUUAUUUCCUUCACUAUCUGACUAAGACAAGUGAAUGUUACUAUGUAUCUACUAUAUAGAGGGCAGGGCAGAAGUGCAGAGAUAAAAACAGAGGAAAAAAAAGAAGCAAAAGCUCCUCCUCCCCUUCCACUCAGUAAACGGGAAGAAGUGACGAGAAGUCAGUGCCUCAAGCUGCUUGUGGUAAUGUUUUAGAAACCAUUCCAGUAAUUUGGAUGUUUACUUAUCUAACAAGGUGUUCAUGAGUGUUUGUUAGAAGCACUUAGAACUAAAAGUACUAAAUCUGAGCUCUGGCUGAGCAAAUAGGAGCUAGUUUGUGAAAGUGAAAGUAAGUUAGCUGUCUGAAAGGCACAGGAGAAACAACAGAAUGGCUGCUGCUAACACAUCACCAUCUGAGGAGGAAUGCACCUGCCCUGUGUGCUGUGAAAUAUUUAGGGACCCUGUUGUCUUAUUGUGCGGUCACAGCUUCUGCCAGCACUGUCUUCAGGAGUGGUGGAGACAGAGUGGACUCCAGAAAUGCCCGAUGUGUAAGGAAAUGUUUAUGAUGACUCAGCCACCACGUAAUCUGGCACUGAGAAACCUGUCUGACGCCCUGAGGAGAGAGAAGAGUGCUAACUCAGGAUCUAAGGAGAUCUGCAGCCUGCACGGUGAGAGACUGAAGCUCUUCUGUCAGGACGAUCAACAGCUCAUCUGUUUGGUUUGUAGAGAUGCACAAAGACAUAAGAAGCACAACUUUGUCCCCGUGGAUGAAGCAGCACAAGCCUGGAGGGCUGAACUCAAGCUGAAGAUGCUGCAUCUAAAAACCAAACUGGGGUCAUUUAACCGGGAAAAACUCACCUGUGAUAAAAUGGCCGGCCACAUCGAGCUCCAGGCUCAGCAGACGGAGAAGACGAUCAAAGAGGAGUUUCAGAAGCUUUACCAGUUCCUGCGAGCAGAGGAGGCUGCGAGGACUGAUGCAGUGAGGAAAGAGGCGGCGCUCAAGAGUCAAGCCAUGAACAUCAGGAUCGUUAAUUUGACUGCAGAGAUCUCCUCAAUCACAGAUACUAUUGAAACCACAGAGAGGGAGAUGAGGGCUGAUGACAUCUCCUUCAUGCUGAAUGUCAGAUCCACUAUGGAGCGAGCCCAAUGCAAGCUGCCAGACCCAGAGACUCCCUCAGGAGCCCUGAUCGAUGAGGCCAAACACCUGGGGAACCUGCAGCUCAAAGUCUGGAAGAAGAUGGAGAACAUAAUCCAAUACACUGCUGUAACUCUGGACCCCAACACUGCUGACGCACUACUGACAAUUUCAAAACACAUGACCAGUUUGGCAAAAAGUGACAAGAGACAACUACUACCUGACAACCCAGAAAGGCUGCGCAACUCAGACGUUCUUGGCGCUGAAGGCUUUAAUUCUGGAAAACACAGCUGGGACGUGGAAGUGGAGGGGUUUUGGACUGUUGGUGUCACCACUCAAAGAAAACAUCCACAAGAUGAAAACAUCUGGGGCAUCUACAUCUGUACUUGCCAUUUCUGGCUGCAUGACCGUCAUGAUGAUGAGGUUAUAUUAAAGGAUUCAUUUCCCAAGAAGGUCAGAGUGCAGCUCGAUUAUGACAGAGGAAUACUGUCAUUUCAUGACCUUGAUAGGAAAAAACAUGUACACACCGUUAAACACAAAUUCACAGAAACUGUCUUUCCGUAUUUCAGUGAAAAUGUUAAAAUUGUCAGUUAGGAUUGCACAACCCAGAUAAACAUUCUGCGUUACUGCAGAGGUUGAACAACAAGAUGAGGCUUUGAAAUUGCCCAGCAGUUUAGUUUAUCAUUGUAACGCCGGGAUUCCACUGGAUGCGUAACGACUCCGAAAGUGGU